GUUCAGGGUGUACAUACACCUGGAGCUGCGCGCAGCGUGCGGCGACCGCCUGGCAGACAUCGUCGGUGUUUCUCCGUUGUUCUUGGAUUUUCUGCCUCUGGAAUUGGCGAGGAACUCCGCAGGUAGUUCUCAAAGCUCCGAGAGUCCAUCCAUAAUUUUCGCGCGACAACGCUGCAGUGAAAGACGCUCGAAACUAGCCUUCCUCUUCCCGAACCCAAGCACCGCAUCCAGCAGGUCUAGCGAGCGAGAGGGGGGCUGGCACUCGCUCGAAUUUUCGCGGCCUUUGCGACAGCAUUCUGUGAAAGUGCACGAGACGAGGCAUAUCAGAGACCGAGGAGAAGUCUGGCUUUUCCCCACAAGGCUUUUCUGUUGCGCGAAACACCGCAACCUUUCGAAUUCCUCGCUGCAGUCGCGCGUUAAUCGCCCCCGCCGUGUCAUCGCUGUCAGGCUUUCCCUACCUUCCUCAACCCGGUGCGCUCCGCAUUUAUAGUCGAGUUCGUCAACUCGGCAGGCACAGCCAGGAGCUUUCUGCCUGCUUUCGCGACAAGGGAACGUGGAAAGGCCCCCAGCAGACGGACUCGUUUUCUCCACUUCUCUUGAAGGAGUGGAGUUGCCCCGUGGAUGUCGAUCAGGACGGUCUGACUGUCCACUGGGGUCGCUUUGAAGCAGUAUCACGCCGUUGUUCUUUUUUCUUUCCUUCCGUCUCUCCUUCCUUGUGUGCGGUUUCUGUCUCAGACACAGCAGCGAGAACAGAAACCGGGAGAAAUUCUUUUUGCAGUUGUCUCCUCCUUCCUUUUGCCUUGUGGUCGCUGCAGGGAUAUCUGUGCACGGGAAGCGGGAGAGCCUUGGGGUGGUUCUGGCCCGCGAGACCGCAUAUCCGUUCCUGGAAAUCAGCAGUGUUCCACGGCCUCUGUAUGCAACGCAAUUCAAAUCAUUCACCAGGCGGAGGGUCGCGAAGGCCUUCUGCAGCCCGCCAGGCCGCUUGCUCGCUUCCGUGGAAACACACCGCAGAUUCCGGCCAGUGCAGUUGUACCCUAGAAUAAACGAUACUUGCUUUGUCGCCUUUGCCUCUUCGCUAGUCCACCGCGUUCUUCCGUGCAACAUCUCCUGUCACGGCUCUCCCGGUUCUCGCCUCUCCGACGUCUCCGCAGAUCUGGCUACACCCUGUGGUGCAGGGCCUCGCUCGACCAGCCUUUUUCUCGGAGGCUGAGAAAGCACAUGCAACGACGAGGGGAGAUCGGCUUCGCCUUGCUGUCAUCUCCACCUGAACACCUGUAGCGCCAAAAUACAGUGCGACGUUGUUUGCAUGCGCCAUCGAAGGCUUCAACAGAGUCGCUGGAGAAUGGAGCCUCCCAUGACUUCUCCGUGCGUUUCGCCUGACGCCAUUGCCGAGGCGGGGGUCGCCCCCCUCGGCUCAAGUUCCCCAAGCGACGCUCAGAACAACGCGUCGUCGACGGAACUCCCCCACCGAACGCCUUCACCUUCUGCCGGUGGCCCAACUCACGCGCUGUCGUCCGAGCUGUGUCGCCAUUCCUCUCCUUUCCCUGCUCCUUCAACAUCUCUUCCUUCCUCCUCGCUUCACACACCUUCUUCCUCUUCUUCUCCUUUCUCCUCGCGUUCUGUCCAUUCCCCUGAGGAACUGGCGCGUUUCAUCGCGACGGCAGCCAUCACCUCGUCGCUGGGGUCUUCGGGCGGAGAUUUCUCUCCUCGCGGGCCGGCUGUGUUUUCAUCCCUUUUGGAGCGAUCCCAAACUCUGCGGGAUCGCCUCGGCUCCCCGCGGGUCGACUCGGAAGCGGCGGCUCCUUCUCGGCAUCUCCUUUUUUCUCCUCUCUUCUUCUCCUUUCAAGCGUCCCCCGCGGGCGCCUCCAGGCGUGCUCAGCAGCGCCGCGAAGCCGCCCUCAGGACUCGCGCCAGCCGAAGCUGCUGGGAGCCUGAAGAUGACGACGCUGCCGGCUGCUUAAUUACGCGGGCAAAUGCGCUGCCUGGUUCGCGCAACUCUUCAGAUGGUUCUGGGCCUUCCUCUCCGCAGCGAAGAUCUGACGCCGAGUGCCGCGUAUCAGCCUUCGCCUCUGGAGCUUCUGCCUCCCAGCCCAGACUCGCACAGACCUCAGGAGAAAUAAUGGCUGCCACCCAACAGCAGUCCGAUACGCGCUUCAAUCAGCGUAGGGACCCCACCUCCUCACACAGACUCUCCUCCCCCUCUCAGCUGUUUCCUCCCUCAGCUUCUGCGUCUUCCUCCCCAUCUCCCUCCUCACCGCCAUCUUCCUCCUCACCGCCAUCUUCUUCACCUUCAUCCUCGUCUUUCCCUUCGUCUUUGGCCUCUGUUUCGGAUCCUGAGGAGGCAGUUCGCGUGGCGACCGAGGCGUUCGAGGCGCGGUACGGACCGUCGCAGUCUCCGCGCCGUGCGUCUUUCCAUGCGCGGCUGCUGGCGAGUUUGGCCGGACAUGCGGCGAGCCAGAAGCCGCGGCUGCUCCUUACCAGCUGGCACCUUCCCGCAGAGAUCUCCAGGCGCCUGCGAAACCCCGGAGAGCCGCACGCGCCACCCUCGAACCUCGCCGGACAACCUUCCGCUCGAGCUUCCUCCUCCUCAUCUUCCUCAUCCUCAUCUUCCUCAUCCUCCUCAUCUUCUUCAUCCUCGUCUUCCUCCUCAUCCUCCUCAUCUUCCUCAUCUUCAUCCUCAUCUUUCUCAUCCUCCACCUCAUCUUCAUCAUCUUCCUCUUCGUCUUCUUCCUCUUCUUCAGAAUCUGCGUGUGUGUCUCUGGCUUCUUCAGCUUCUCGACCUGUGGAAUCCGCUCGAGGGUCUCUGGCGGCCGAAGGCCUCUCCUCGUCUCGGCGCUCUACGCAGACUCUCGCGACUGCGGAGACGCAGUCCCAGCGAGAAGGGAAUGCUUCUUCUCCGAUCUCGCUGUCCUCUGCUCCGCCGCCUGAACCUCUCGCUCCCGUCCUGAGGAGACCAACAACCUCCCUCAGCGCAGGGCCUGAGGCCUCCGCGGGUGCGGCGGGUGUGCGUACUCCCGGGGAGAGCGCGUCGCAUGCAGCGGCUGUCGUUUCGCGCGCCGCAUCUUUUUUUUCUGGAGAGACGGCGAGUGCGCCUCUGCACCAAGUCGCGGAGCUCGCAGGCGGGAGACUCGGCAGGCAACUGUUGCUUCGGCAGUCGCAGCUGAUUCUUCUCCUCGGCCUCCACGGCCUGGCGCGCGAGCGGGAGACAGCCGUCGGCCUCGCGCUCCCGCAAAACGCCAGAAGCAUCGAGUGUCUGCGCAGACGCUCCGCCGCGUUCGCCUCCGCCACGGCGCGCCGCGCUGCAGCGCUGAACCCACACGGCGGUCUCCGCAGGGAAGCCGCCGCUCCGACCCGGGGUGUACGUACACCCGAGGACGCACGCGGACGGCCCGGCGCAGAGCCGCAGGGGACAGGAGCGGCAGGCGGGGGCGAGGCGCCCAGGGUGCGACGCAUACGCGGCGGAGUCAACCUGAACCUGAGAAAGGCCGAAAGGGCAGUGGCGGUCGCCAGAGCCAGCAAGAGUCGCCUCGACCUCCUCACGCGCGACUACCUUCUCCUCGCUCUCCAAGUCGCAUUCGCGUCUCUCCACUGGCGGCUUCCUACGCACUUCUCCCGGCUUCUUCGCUGCUCGGAGCACGGGCGAGGCAAACCCCCAACGAAGACGCAUGCAGCGGAGAGCGAGCGAAUCUCCGGGGGUUCUGCGACGGACGCGAGGCCUUUUUCCCCUCGUCCCCGCGCGCCGCGGAACUCUGCACUCCGGCAAGAGAGGCCCGCACACCGAGACGAGAAACUCCGAGUCGGUGCAUGCACAGACUCCGAGUUCGCAAGUCGCCUCGGGACUGCGAGGGGAGCUUCAGUGCAGGUGGAGGAGGCGCUUUUCCUGCGGACGGUCGACGGUCGGCUGCUACGCCUUUCGGACUCUCCGGCGCUCUGCGCGAACGCGAGAGACGCGUGUGGAGAAGGCGAGAAAGGAGACCUCCACGGCGACUCCUGGCCCUCGCUCUGGGUCUCCGAAGAUAAGCCGAGGUGCUUCGCGUGCAACGCCUCUCCAGCAGAGUGUGCAUGCCCCCGCUUCUCUCCGCGCUACGCCCUCAUUGCCGAGGAUGAACCGACUUUGGCGCUGAUUCUAUUGCUUCUUCUGGAAGCCUCGCCUUCUCAGUCUCUCACCAUGGCGGACGUCGACGCGCUGCUCGUUCUGCCUCGGGGUGUCAUCCGCUGCGGCGCCGGUGCGGCUGGAGGCAGAGACGCAGUGUGCUCGGUGUUUCCUCUCCCCGCUGCGGAGGAUCUCGGCGCCGCUUCUCUCUCUGGCGCUCCUGAGAGAAAGAAACGCAAAUCUCUUCCCAGUUUGUCCUGCGAUCGUCUCUCCCUCUUCCCCGCUCCUUCGUCCUCUUCUUCAUCGUUCUCUUCUUCCUCUUUUUCGUCUCGUCUGCCUUCUUGUCAGGCGCAAACCGAUUCGGCGUCCUCUACUUGUGGCGCAUCGAAGUUCGCAAACGCGUCUUCCUCGUCUCUCCUGCGACAUCACUUCCGCGCGGUGCCGGACCCCGAGCUCGCGCAUGCAGCGGCAACGCUUGCGAGGCUCGACCGCGUGUGCCGCAAGCGGAAGUGCGACGUUGGCUUCGUGGCCGUGUCCGAGGACCGAGUUCGGCUUAUAUGCGAAGACCGCGCGGCGCUGAAGCGGAAGCUGGAGGCGCACUUUGGCGUCUCCAUGUCGAGCCUCUCUCCACCGUUCUCUGUCUCUUCAGCGGGGAGUGCGGUUGCGGGCGAGGCUCACGAAGGCACACGCAGAGAGCAGGCGAAGGACGGCGAGAAGAAGGUUUCUCAGGCCGCGACCGACGAGGGAGAUCCACGCAGGAAGUCAAGACGAGGCUGCGCAGUCGACGAAGAGGGGAAACGCGAGAUUGGCGAGGUAGGGGGAGAGCAGAAGGCGGGGAAGAGUGGUAAGAGACGUAGCGAGGACGAAGAGUCUUUUCGACAAGCAGUCGGCAGAAGAGAUGGCGACGAGACGCCAUUUCUCCAGAUGCACACGACGGGAGAAGAACAGUCAGGUGUAUCGACAGCAGGACGUCGACGAGGGUUUCGGCGUGGUUCUGUCCUGGGGUCUGAGGGCCUCGAGCGUCGGUUUCUACAAGAGCUCUCCGAACAUAGGGACCCGGUCGAGAGUCCUGGCAAACCAUCUUCCCCGUCUCCUGCUGUUGUGCCUGAGAAACAGGCAGAAGGCGCGAGCAUUAGUGCUGCGAGGGUGGCUGCGCAGGAUCCACAGACAGAGCGACGCGCUGCAGAGAGAAGAGCGGCACCUUCGAAGCCAGGCGUCGCCUCGAUCGACGCCCAGUCGCAUGCAGUCACCCGGUCUGUCCCCCGCGUUGUCCUCUCAGACUGGGUGCAGCCGCGCGUCUGCGAGAGGCGCCGCGGAUGGCGGUCAAGCGAGCAGUCAGAUCGAGGAGGCAUGAGCGCAGGUAGAGGAGGCGACGCAGUCGUAAAGGGCGGAGCGAAAGAAACUCCGUGCCGGGAAGAGGCGGAGAAGGCCCCGCACGUGCAGGACAAGGCGGGAGAUGAAGAGGGGGAGCGACUUGGACGAGAAGAAGAGCUGGUGGGGUAUCGGGGAUCGAUGCCGCACUGUGUUUUGAGAGAAGAGAAGAAGGAGUGGAAAGAGCGACUGGUGUUCGGACUCGAUUCAGAGAAACUUACGAAAAAAAGGAAGAGGGGCGGAUCGGAAAACACCGAGAAGCCGGAAGGCGAGCAGCUGCGGAGCGUCGAGGACGCCUCGCUGUUCCUGGAAACAACCAAGAAAAAGUCAAAGUCUCCUCUCUCCUCAGUUGCUUCUCUCUUCUUUUCAUUUCUUCCUUCUCCGCUCUCGGGCGCGCUUUCCUCGAACAUCCGCGACGCUCUCCACCAUGCGCGACGGUCCGUAGCUCGACCCCUCUCUGCAUUCUGUUCUCUCUCUUCUCCUUCUCUUUCUUCUUCUCUCUCUUCUCCGUCUUCUGUCUCUUCCUCGCCCUGUUCUCUGUCUCCUUUCUCUUCGUCGAAUGUGACCGACAGGGCUUCUACAGCCGCGUCGCACUCUCCACCUCGCAGACUGGCCUCCGCCUCGGCUGCGCCCACGCCUUCUCGGUUUUCGCAUGCAAACGCAUCUUCUCUUACGCCGCAGGCACCUCCCGACGGAGAGCGGCUGUGUCUCUCUUGCGUCCCCGCCUCCUUUUCUCCUUCCUCCCCUUCCUCCUCUUCUGAAAAGCGAAGGAGGCUGGAAAGCGUUUCUGGGGACAGGGCGCCCAGGGACGAGGCCGCGCAGCGAGAACGAAGCCUGACGGCACCGACCUGGAGCGCCGAGGAGCGAAAGCGAGCAAAGCGGAGAUCGGGGAAAGACCCAGAAUCGGAGCCUGCUGCCCUCAAUGCAGAAUGUAUGGGCGCAUGCAUUAGCGCUUGCAUGCAACCGCGAAAACUUCCGGCCCUCGCCAUUGUUGAUCGCGCUAGACUCUCCCCGGCUGAGCUCCCCAAGUACCUGCGGGACCACUUGGAAGAUGCAUGCAGUUCGGAGACGCUCUCGCUUGACUUGGACGAGGUAGCUGGUGGAUCUUUUCUGAAAGACGCGCGAAGGGAGGCCGGGGAGAAGCGGCGCGGCCUGCUAGUCGAGAGGAGAAUCCGCGCGCAGGGCGUCUCGCCCCUGACUAGACAGUUGGGGACAAUCUCAGGGACUCUACUGCCGUCCGUUUCUCGCCGGCAGGCUCGCGGUCUGAGCGAGAUGCAACAAGCUGCAUCUGCUUCUCUCGCGUCUCUCCUUUCACUGUCGAGGCCCUCCCCGGGGGCGCUCUCCGGACGAUAUACGCGGGAGCUCUCCGUCUCUCCCACUGAAUCAGGUCUGCCGCAAGCGUCUCCCCCUCUCCGCAGCGCCAACACAACUGUCUCUUCUUCAUCGUCGCCUCUGUCCUUUUCACCUGCCUCGUCUGCGUCUUCUUCUUCUGCGUCUUCCAUGGAUUCGAAUGGUGGGUCGAGCGCUGGCGCCGGGGCGACUUUGUCCGGUUCGGGCCGUUCUCCUAAUAUAAGCCGAAUUGCCUCGGCGUUCGAAGAGGAGGCGCGCCGGCGCGGCGAGAGUGACGGGCUGGAGGGGCUUGCGGGGCGCUGGUGGUUCGUGGGCGGCAGGGAGGAGAGGGAGGGUCGGCGAGAUCCGGGAAGAGUCGAAGGCGAAGAAUCGGGCAGAUUUAGCGAGGAUCCGUCUGAGUCUGCCGCGAGUCUGGGCGCCGCUGGAGUCGCAGGGCGCCUCCACACUCUGCUCGAGUCUCUGAUCGUCGACCUGUGGACUCGCGGCGCGACGGCGGAGCGCUCUCACAGGCACAGGGUGAGCAGGAGCCUGCGCCAAGGUUCAGGAGACACCCCGGAGACAGUUCAGAUAGAUCAGGAGACUGUUCAGAGAGAUCCGGAGACAGUUCCGAGAGACCUCGAGGCAGUUCAGAUAGGGCCAGAGAGAGAUCAGGAGGCAGACGAGGCAAAUCGGGCGAUGGGUGAAGAGACAGGUGAAGUCGGUCAGGAGGUCGAGGAGGAGACAGGUGAACCGGAGGUGGGCGCUGAGGUCUCUGGAGACUCGACGGAGCGAGGCUCACCACAGCAGCAGCCUCACGCGUUUGUUCUGCCUCAGAGGCGAGGGACGAGCGUAGACGCGGACGAGGCUUCAAGUUCGUCGGACAGCUCAGACUCGCUCUCCGAUGCCGACGCGAGUGAGAGUGCUGACAGUCUCGCGGAAGAAGACGGCGAGUUGGAAGGAGGCGACGAAGCCUGGGACUUCACCUGGGCCACAGAGGACAGUUUGAGUCAGGCGAAUUCCGGCGCCAGCCCUGAGGAAGACUCCAGCGCUGGCGAGGGAGACGACAUUUACGAAGACGACUACGAAGAAGAUGACGAAGAAGACUGAGGGGGGAGGAGGAUUUCGGUUGAGGUGCAGGGGACAAGCCGGAGAUUUUGGGGCUUGAGACGAUCCUGAGGAGAAACGUCUCUGGAGGAACGAUCCGCCGGGGUUCUUUCGACCUCCCGGAGGUCGCGAGGUGUUCUCUGCAUGGCUUGUGGCACAAGCACAACGGUGAACGCCGCCACCGCGAGAAAGGCGUCGAAAUCAAGAGAACGCAAGUUGCUUCCUGAAUCGACGUCUGCGAUCACUGUGUUCGUUUUGUGUCUUCUUGUGAUGCAUAGUCGCUGAUACGCGACACGGCUGCGUUUGAGAAACAGGAGGCCGCCAAGACUCAACUUGUGUGCUGGAGAACAAGCCGCUGUCGAUUCUUCGCGCGCAAGGGCAUUUGGGCCGGGGAACGUUUCUGCCCGGUUCCUGCGUCUUGCCUGCAAACCAUCGUUUUCGGCGCUUGCUUGAAAAAGUCUUGCAGGCCGAAAGACAACCACAAGUACCACAGGAAACACUGACCGGAACUGCUCGAGUUUGCUGCACAUCCGACCCACAUAACAGUAGGCAAGGGCGUAGAUGGUAAAACGUAGGCUCCUGCGAUAGCACUUCAACAUGCUGCGGCAUCAAGGUUACUCUCCACUUCGACUAUGUUCGAGGCGUAUUCUGUGAUUUUCUGUUUUUUGUUUGCUUCCGUUCGAACAGCAAGGGCAACCGUUUCGCUCGGACUUUUUCACUAACGAACGUUGACGCGUCAGGGGAAAACGGUGUGAACAGCAACGAUGAAGUGUCGUCGUCGCCAGUCCCACGGUAGAGAGAUGCGCCGUCUGAGACGCAUGCACUGAACAGGCUUCGUCUGGAAAUACGAGUAUCCGGACAUUUUGUAGGAAUCGCGGCAAAGGGGCGAAGAGUCCGAUAGAAGCGUAGACUCGCGCGGCGGCGAAAGCUGGAAAGCAGGGGUGCUCUGGGCUAUUGAUGCCGCACUGUCAG